UUCCUACUUCUUUAAGGUUGAUUUGUUUUUGAGGUUUGGUAUAAUCUCUGCUUCGAAUUCAUCUCCACCUCCUUUUUGUGGUAAAAGGUUUUAAAUUUCCCGUGACACUGGUCAAAAACUGAAAGCUACUUGCUUUUGCUUCUCUCUGCUUUUGAAAUCUGGUUUGGGUUUUAACUCAAAGGUCGCAUUUUUAUUGUUCAAUGUUAAGCUCAAUGAAUUGGGUUUUGUUGAGCUUCAUCAUUUUUCUUGGUGAUGGGUUGUUACUUUCUGAAGGAGCUUCUAGUUCUAGGCCCCCUGUUAUUAAAGUUGGUGCUAUAUUUGGUAUAAACACCAUGUACGGUGAAACUGCGAGUAUCGCUUUCAAAGCUGCUGAGGAAGAUGUAAAUUCUGAUCCUAGCUUCCUAGGUGGAUCGAAAUUGCGGAUUAUGAUCAAUGAUGCUAAACGUAGUGGAUUCCUCAGCAUCAUGGGAGCAUUGCAAUUCAUGGAGACUGAUGCAGUGGCUAUAAUUGGUCCGCAGACAUCAAUAAUGGCUCAUGUGUUGUCUCAUCUUGCCAAUGAGCUUACUGUUCCAAUGUUGUCAUUUACGGCGCUUGACCCUACACUUUCUCCACUCCAAUUUCCAUACUUUGUCCAAACAGCACCUAGUGAUCUGUUUCUGAUGCGCGCCGUUGCAGAGAUGAUCACAUACUAUGGCUGGUCGGAUGUGGUGGCGUUAUAUAAUGAUGAUGAUAACAGCAGAAAUGGCGUUACAGCUUUAGGCGAUGAGCUUGAAGAGAGGCGUUGCAGGAUUUCUUACAAGGCAAUACUUCCCCUGGAUGUUGUGAUUUCUAGUCCAGUUGAGAUUAUAGAGGAGUUGAUUAAGAUCCGGGGAAUGGAAUCUCGAGUAAUUGUUGUGAACACUUUCCCAAAUACAGGCACGAUGAUCUUUAAGGAAGCACAGAGAUUAGGGAUGAUGGAGAAAGGCUAUGUUUGGAUAGCUACAACUUGGUUGUCUUCUCUGCUAGAUUCAAAUUUUCCUUUGGAUAAGAAAUUGUUCAAUGGAGUUCUAACACUGCGUCUUCACACGCCAGAUUCGAGAAAGAAAAGGGACUUUGCAGCACGGUGGAAGAACAAGUUGAGUAAUAACAAGACUAUUGGGUUGAAUGUCUAUGGUCUGUAUGCUUAUGAUACUGUCUGGAUCAUUGCUCGAGCCGUUAAGGCACUUCUGGAAGCUGGAGGUAAUCUUUCCUUCUCCAAUCAUGCACAGUUAGGCAGCUUGAAAGGUGAGGCCUUGAAUCUAAGUGCAUUAAGCAGAUUUGAUCAAGGAUCACAACUUCUUGAUUAUAUUGUGCAUACAAAGAUGUCUGGUCUAACUGGUCCGGUUCAAUUUCAUCUAGACAGAUCAAUGUUGCACCCUUCAUAUGAUAUUAUCAAUUUGGUUGAUGACAGGGUUCAUCAAAUAGGUUACUGGUCUAACUAUUCUGGUCUUUCUAUUGUACCGCCUGAAUCAUUUUACACCAAACCUCCUAACCGUUCUAGCUCAAACCAACAUCUGAACUCUGUAACUUGGCCUGGUGGGACUUCAAUUACACCUCGUGGAUGGGUUUUUCGUAACAAUGGAAGGCGGUUGAGAAUCGGUGUUCCUGAUAGAGGAAGCUUCAAGGACUUUGUCUCAAGGGUCAAUGGAAGUAGCAACGAAGUACAAGGAUAUUGCAUUGAUGUAUUUGAAGCUGCGGUGAAACUGCUUUCUUAUCCGGUUCCUCAUGAGUUUAUCUUUUUCGGAGAUGGUCUAACGAGUCCAAACUACAAUGAGCUAGUUAAUAAGGUCACCACUGGGGUUGACUUCGAUGCUGUUGUAGGUGACAUAGCUAUUGUCACCAAACGAACCAAGAUUGUGGAUUUCACCCAGCCAUACAUUGAGUCAGGCCUUGUUGUUGUUGCUCCUGUCACAAGACUUAACGAAAAUCCUUGGGCCUUCUUACGCCCGUUUACUCUUCCUAUGUGGGCAGUAACAGCAUCUUUUUUCGUUAUUGUGGGAGCUGCAAUUUGGAUUCUUGAACAUCGUAUUAAUGAUGAGUUUCGUGGUACGCCGAGGAGACAGAUUAUUACCAUUCUCUGGUUCACCUUUUCGACAAUGUUUUUCUCCCACAGAGAGACUACUGUGAGCACGCUUGGUCGUAUGGUGCUUCUGAUAUGGCUUUUUGUGGUUCUGAUCAUUACAUCUAGCUACACAGCGAGUCUCACAUCAAUACUUACAGUUCAACAGCUUAAUUCACCUAUAAAAGGAGUAGAUACACUCAUCAGUAGCACUGGUCGUAUUGGCUUCCAGGUUGGUUCUUUUGCUGAGAACUACAUGACCGAGGAGCUUAACAUUGCAAGAUCCAGGCUUGUGGCUCUUACCUCUCCUGAAGAAUAUGCUAAUGCGCUUCAAAAUGGCACUGUUGCUGCAAUUGUUGAUGAACGUCCUUAUAUUGAUCUCUUUCUCUCAGAUUACUGUAAAUUUGCCAUCAGAGGUCAAGAAUUCACUAGAUGCGGUUGGGGAUUUGCAUUUCCAAGAGACUCUCCUUUAGCAGUUGACAUGUCAACCGCGAUUCUUGGGCUAUCGGAAACUGGCGAGCUUCAGAAGAUCCAUGACCGAUGGCUUUCCAAAUCCAACUGCAGCAGCCCGCACGGGUCUCAGUCAGGGGACUCAGAACAGCUCAACGUGCAUAGCUUCUGGGGCAUGUUCCUUGUAGUUGGGAUCGCCUGUCUCGUCGCUCUCUUUAUCCACUUCUUUAAGAUAAUCCGCAACUUCUGCAAACAGACACCUGAAGAAGAAGAAGCUAUACCUUCACCCAAAAGUUCACCUUUAACAAAACUGCAGACUUUUCUAGCAUUUGUUGAUGAAAAGGAAGAAGAAACAAAGCGAAGGGUCAAGCGCAAAAGAAACAACGACCUUUCAAUGAAUGCAAGUAGUAUCUCAAGGAGCUUAUCUAGAAGAUCUAUAUGAAGAACGAAUAGUAUCUUAUGGUGCACAUCUAGAAGAUCAAUAUGAAGAAACAGAAGACUGUACUUAUGGUUUUGUUAAUCUGUACAUUUUAACACACACCUCAUUUGCAACCAAAAUGAGAUUUUGUUUAUAUGAAGA